GACGGACAGCUCUGGGUACAUGCCCGUGAAAUCGUCCUCUGUGCAUUUUUUUUUUCUGUUGUCGGGGAUUAAAUGGAUUAUGUUAUUUAGAACUGUCUACUGUUGGGUUAAUUUACUAUCUAUUAAGUUAAAUCUUGUUUAAAAGAUGACUUCAAGGGGGACGCCAAGCCGCUUUCUUAGAAGUGUUCUUCAGAACGGCCUGGCUCGGUAUGUGUGCCAGCUAAAGCGGGUCUCCAUCAUCUUCUCCAAAACCAACCAGGGCUCACUGGGAGCCAGGGACUUCGUUGAAGAAGGAGUAGUGGAUUAUGCCAAGAAGAACCCUGGAACCGUAGUGUAUGUGAGUCCUCAAACCAGCAGGAUACCCAAAAUAGUUGCAGAGUAUUUAAAUGGCAACACCAAGGAAGAAAUCAUCACAAACAAAUCAUCUCAGCAAAUCUCAGAGCUUUUGACCAAACUGACAAAUCAGUCUGGCCAGGACAUCAUUCGUAUUCGCAAUCCCCAACACACAGACAACCCCAGUAUCCAGGGACAGUGGCACCCGUUCACCAACAGGCCCCCCUGCAUUGGCCUCAUUAGACCACAGAAACGGCUGAAUCAAGACCAACCUUGAGAGAUGUUUAUUUGUCUGCUCGGGUCAAGAUCUUCUCAUGUUUGUAGUGGUUUCUGUUUGUGUUUUUCUUGGACAUUUUGCAGAAAUCUCAGUGUUGACCCAACAUUUUCCUCCAUGCUCUUUGGUCUCGUGGUGCCAAGGUUCCGGCCCUGGAAGUCAUGUGACUCUUAAAUAGACUUUCACCAUGUGGUCCUUUAUUAGGAGAUGUUUAUUUUAGAUUCUGUGUAUCUGGUCUGACACAACUUGGGUUGAAAUAAAGAAAUACCCACAAUGUACAG